UAUCAGUCGACUUUCUCCCGUCAAUCUGUGCAACGGUCAAGGGUUUCACUUGCACGGUUCUCCAUCACACGACAGCUUUAACUUCACAUCACCCCCACCUCACAGAUUCCCCCCUCUUCUCUCUGCUCCAGUCGCCUCCCACGAGUAAAUCAUAAUUUCCUCCAAACUUGAACACAAAAGAGAAAUCUGAAUUAUGGCGGUACGCGCACAAUUCGAGAACUCCAACGAUGUUGGUGUCUUCUCUCGUCUUACUAAUUCAUAUGCGAUUGUCGCAAUUGGAGCCUCCGAGAACUUCUACAGUGUAUUUGAGGCCGAACUCCAAGAUGUCAUUCCUAUCUGCCACGCUACUAUUGCUGGAACUAGAAUUGUUGGCCGUCUAACAGCGGGUAACCGCAAAGGCCUUCUGGUCCCCACUACCACCACAGACCAAGAAUUGCAACAUCUACGGAAUACACUUCCAGACUCGGUCAGGAUUCAACGGAUAGAAGAACGUCUCUCGGCGUUGGGAAAUGUCAUUUGCUGUAAUGACCAUGUAGCCUUGAUACAUCCGGAUCUAGAGCGUGAAACGGAAGAAAUAAUCGCUGACGUUCUUGGCGUUGAAGUCUUCCGACAAACUAUUGCGGACAACGUCUUGACGGGCUCCUACAUGGCUCUUUCUAAUCAAGGCGGUAUCGUUCACCCCAAGACCUCCAUCCGCGAUCAGGACGAGCUUUCCUCGCUACUCCAGGUGCCCCUCGUCGCUGGUAGUGUUAACCGUGGUAGUGCUGUUGUUGGAGCCGGUAUGGUUGUCAACGACUGGUUGGCUGUAACGGGACUGGAUACGACAGCGACUGAAUUGAGCGUUAUUGAGAGCGUGUUCCGGUUGGGAGAGAUGGGCCCUCGCGGUGUUGGUAUGGGUAAUGCUAACAAGGAGAGUAUCGUGGAGAGUUUCUAUUAGAUGUUAUCAUUCGGAACUGAUUUAUUCGAAUUGGCCGUGGUUGAGUGUGCGCACGCAGGCUGGCUUGCUUGCAACAUGGCGUGACUCCUUCGGUCUGUCUCUGAUUCUUGACUACAUUUUGAACAUAGGAGAUGGUCAAUAAUGACCCAAUAGUGAUCUGGUACUACACUUGGUGUCUUGACCGUUAUCAAUCUAGGCACUAUAUUAUCUAGAAGCUGUUGAUAUGGAGUGAGAAUUGGUUCAUUUCGCCUGAAAUGAACAGUGGAAUCCGGCUAUAUAAAUGGUAGAUAUGUCUACCUACCAAAUCCAACCCAACGCACGUGACUACCCUGAGAAAAGAAGAAAGAAG